AUGUACGACUACUACUUCGAGUUCGACUUCGGCAUCGGCGGCCGGGAGCACAUCGCCGUCUGGAUUCAGAACGGACAGCUCAAGUUCGUCUCGGCUUCCGAGCACGGCAAGUGGAACAUCCGCUUCCCUGGGAAGAACUCCAAGAUCCGUUUUGAGGGAAGCACUCACGCCAAGAUUGUCUACCACAAAGAUGGUGCUGGUACCCAUGCCUUCCGCUAUGCGAACAACGGUGAUGAGCCUCCUGAGAACCACUGGCAGAGCUGGCGUUGGCGCAUUGGUGCCGGUCUGCUGAAGUUGGACUCGAUCGCCGGCAACCUGCGCACUACGCUGUCUCAAAAGGAUUGGGGUAAGGCUGAGGUGGCUGUUAGGGACAAGGGCGGCAAGGCCUGGAACUUUGGCUGGUACUUGGACCGCUCCAGAUACCACUGCGUUACCGAGCUCGAGUGCCCCGGUAACCUGGCUACGGCGUUUGAUUCUUGGGCUUGGGUGGAAGGACAGUGGGUGUGA